AUGGUCAAAAUAUUGAGUUAUAUUUUACUUAGUGGGCUCGUUCUCAUCAGCGCUACGUCCCGUGAGGUCGAAAAUGUCCUGCAGGGAUUUCAUCGACUCAGGGAGCUAAAACCACUGGGUGCUGAGUUUGCCGACUACUUUCAAAAUGUAACGCUAAAGGAUUUAAGUCUUUCCGGAUCCCGAUUGACAACCAAGGAGGAUCUUCUGUGCCUUAGUGAUAUGUCCAAGUUCAUGUUGGCUCUUCAAAGCGGCCAAUAUUGGGCAUUGAAAAUGAUUGACGCAUGGGGUUCUAUUCCAUCUGGUCUUUUUACGGGCAAUGUGUACGAUCUGGGAAACUUUGACGAGUGUAUAAAUAUUCAAAAGGAUUCCAUUCGAGGAAAAUACUGCUUCCUAGAAGUUUCCCCCAGUAAAAUGCUGGGCCUUGAGAGCGCUUUAGCCGGAAUAGUGAAAAUGAAAAUAGCCACCUGUUUUCCGGCUUCCUGCUCGGCCACUCACAUGAACAAGUUUGUGGAUCAGAUAAUGCAGAGAGUGCUUAACGUGAAUAUACCCAGCACAGGCAUGAGUAUCAGCGAUAACACUUGUCAGACAAGUGAAAGCGAACCCUGGAAUGGCCUCACCAUAUUUAUGAUAGUUAUCUUAUCACUGAUGGGCUCUGUCGUGGCUUUCUUUACGGUAUAUGACUACUUUUUCUGCAGGAAUCAAGGUCAAAUUCCUCCGAUUGUGAAGCUCUUUUCGGCCAGGGCCAACUCUCGUUCAAUUUUUCGCAUUGUGCAGAACAAAUCAAACCCGAAUGUAAUCGAAUGCCUCCACGGAAUAAGGGGCAUGUCUCUUUUCUGGGUGAUCUUCCUGCAUCAAUAUGCUAACAAAUUUUAUUCACCAAAUAUUAAUCGUUUUAGUAUUCUUCCUUGGCUCCAAAUGCCUUUUACAAGUUUCUUUCUGCACGGACAAUUUUCAGUCGAUUCAUUUUUCUUUAUCGGCGGUCUGUUGGUGUCCUUGAUUUCACUUCGAUCAAUGGAAAGAAACAAAGGCAGACUGAAUAUUCCUAUGAUGUACCUUCACCGCUUGAUCCGUAUUCUCCCUAUCUUAGCCAUGGCUAUUUUAGUCUACACCCAACUUACAGGAGUUUUGGGAGACGGACCUCUUUUUAAGGGCGGCUACAAUGGCAAAGAGUCGUGUGAAAAAUCCUGGUAUAUGACCUUGCUCUUUGUAGUUAAUUUCGCUGAAGAUAUGUGCCUUGAUCACACUUGGUAUCUGGCGGUGGACAUGCAACUAUUCCUCAUUUCUCCGAUUCUUCUGUUUGCCCUCUACAAAUGGGGCAAAAAGGCUGCAGCUGGUAUAUUUGUACUUAUAGUUUUGCUGUCCGGCUGUCUGUUUGCCACCAUGAUGGUGAAUAACUACUCAAUAACAAAUCUUGAUCUCUCCCUGCAGAAGCAGAUGUACUUCUACACCCACACUCACGCUGCUCCUUGGCUCAUUGGAUUUUUGUUUGGCUACUUUCUGUACUUGAACAAGGGAAAGCAGCUUAAACUGAACUGGGUAGCCGUUUGGUCUGGAUGGAUCCUCUGCCUGGCCAUGCUCUUCACCUCGAUCUUCGCUCUCUUUCCGGCAAUGGACGAUGGUACUCCUUGGUUGGUGACGACCUUGGAGCUGUCAUCUUAUUAUACUCUCACCCGAGUGGGUUGGCCAAUGGCUAUUGGUUGGGUGGUCUUCGCCUGCAUGCAAGGAUAUGGAGGAUUGGCCAACAGUUUCCUUUCCUCUCCGCUGUGGCAACCGCUUUCGAAACUCUCUUACUCCGUCUACAUUUGGCACAGUUUCAUCCAGGAGAUUAACCAACGAAUUGUUAGGACAAAUACGUACUUCUCAAACUAUCAAGUGAUGCUUGAUUUCUGGUCGACCACGGGAUUCACCGUGCUGUUCUCAUAUUUACUGUAUCUGCUUAUUGAGGCGCCUAUUGGAGGACUUGAUCUUCUUUUAAGGUCCCCAAAGAAGGUAUCUUCAGAGAUAAAACCGAUGACCAACUCAGACCAGCAGCAGGAAAGCACUAUUGAUGAUAUUGAGCCAAACAAGCAAAAAGAACUGGAAGCACCUGAAUCAAAUACUGAAACACCAAAAGAUUAGAUUCCGAAAUUUUUUAGAUUUUA